UUGUGACGGUGUACACAAACUCGUUGAUGACUGAUAAAAUUUCGGCAAGACAUCAUUGCAUUUACAUCAGCUAAAAUUUCGCAAGUUGUUGUUUUCGGACACUAACAAGUUUUUGGAAAAGUUUCGAAAGUUUUAAGCUUUGGACUGUUAAACUUGAUAACGCCGAUUUAAAGGACAUCACAUCUUAAGUGUGUAAAGAAAACACUAUUUCUAUAGGGAAACAGCUUAACACACACACCGCUUGGGGCGGAUAACUUUACAAAAUGGUGAGCGCUAUCCUGGGAUCCAUCCCUGGCUUUAAGAAGCUGAGAGGGUCGAGAAAUGAUGAUUGGAUUGACCGAAUGAGUCAUGUAUACACCGUUAUUCUCCUUAUUAUAUUCGCCGUCGUCGUGAGUACUUCACAAUUCGUCGGCAACCCAAUACAUUGCUGGCAUCCGGCAGAAUUCAAGGGGUGGUAUGAAAAGUAUGCGGAAUACUACUGCUGGAUUUCGAACACUUACUUCGUCUCAUUUUCUGAAACAUUACCUGUGGACAUUGGUGAAAGAAAGGACAGAGAAAUUUCCUACUAUCAGUGGGUGCCAUUAAUUCUGGCAUUUCAGGCGCUUCUCUUCAAAAUGCCAAAUGUAAUUUGGAAAAUGCUUCAUCCAAACUGCGGUAUAAAUCUAAGCAAGAUCGUAGAUAUGGCCGAGAAGACGCAGCUCACGUCUCCUUCCUCCAGGCAAGAGCUCAUCGAAAAUCUCGCCAAACACAUUGAUAAAUGGUUGGACACUGAACGUAACUAUAGCUGGAAUCGGUAUACGGCAAUGCGAGAACGCGCGAGCAAGGUUUGCUGUAUAUUCUGCAGUAAGAGGAGUGGCACAUACCUUUCAGCCCUUUUCCUUUUCAUAAAGAUUGUCUAUGUCGCCAACGUUAUUGGACAGUUUUAUCUUCUGAAUGCUUUCAUGGCAACAGAUUACAAUGUUUACGGUUUCGAAGUUUUACAUGGUCUGCAGACGAACACACCUUGGCGAGAAAGUCCGAGAUUCCCGCGCGUCACGUUUUGCGACUUCGAGAUCCGUCAGCUGCAGAAUGUUCAACGUUUCACCAUUCAGUGCGUUUUACCAAUUAACCUCUUUAAUGAAAAGAUUUUCAUAUUCUUAUGGUUCUGGUUUUUCCUGAUCGCCGCGCUCGCCGUCUACAACCUUCUUCAAUGGUGUUACACGAUUGUUAUGAAGAGAAACCGUGUAAAUUACGUCAAGAAAUAUCUAAAAAUAACUGACCAAUUGCAAAACGGAUUUGACAAGAAACUGUGCCACCGAUUCGCUGACAAUUAUUUGAGAGAAGAUGGAGUUUUUGUUUUAAGGGUUAUAACGAGAAAUUCAACAGACUUGGUGACAACCGAUUUGGUAACGCAGAUGUGGAGAAAUUUUCAAGAUAAGCAGAAUCGGCGCAUGCCCAACAACGACGAUACAUUGAGACCAAAUGAAAUGAAACCAACAAAUGAAGAAAAGCUGCCUUUGCCCGUGGACUGAUUACAUACAAUAGUAUUUUAAGUUCUUGAAAUUUGAUAACACUUCCAGAGUGGCUGAUUUUUCUAGGAUGAUCUUGCCAAAACGUUUUAGGAAGCUAGUAAAAGGAACUUGGGAACAAGACUUUAGUAAUCAUUGUGCAAGUUAUAUAGGUCUUGAUCUGCACAAUCGAGUUACGACAAUUUGAAUCGUCAUGUCAGAAAAUACUUAGGGUUUCAAGUGCAGGUCCGUGAGGUAACAGAGUAGUGUAACGAUGUUACAAAUGCUUUUUGUAAUAGUUGGUAAGAACGUAUGGCAAACAACCUGUUUUAAAAUAAACCAUGAUCAUUUACAGAAGAAAAAUAGUAGACAAACAAACAUUGAUCUCAACAAAAUGUUGUGAUUUGAUUUUAUUCUUCGCGUUAAAGUAAUGUUUAUACUUGCUGCCAAAAUUGCUUUUGAAAAAUAUAGAAAGUGGCGAGAAUUUAUACUGAAAAUAAUCUGAUAUUUUAUUGAGUCUAGGUCCUUCACUGUGUUACUUUGGUAUUAAAAUACAUAUCUUCAGUAAAGAACGUCUUUCUUCGGUAUGGGAGUGUCAUGUUGUCAGAAUUUUCCAAAUUACGUUACCAUUAUUACGUUACCAUAAAAACAUUACUGUGAUUUUAAUUUUAUUUUAAAAGAGCAUGACGGCAAUUUCAUUUCAUUGAGUUAUAUUUUACUUAGAUGGUUUUAAUCAAACGCAUUUAUAUCUACAAAUAGUUUUAAAUAAGCUUUAUCUGUUCGUCAUCCGGGCAUUUAUUUCAAAGCAUUUUUUAAAACAUAACAGGUAUUAAUUGUUUUAUUUUUCAAAUAUAUUUUCAAAAAGCUUGCCAUGUGAAACUGAUCCAUUUUCGACUUACGCUUUAUCGUAAGAAAGAUAAACAAGUCAUUUAUUCCUGCAUUUUAAUUAAAAUAUUUAUAGCAAAAAUGUGAUUCUUUCACCAUAUUGAUAAUCAUGCGCAUUUAACUAUAUAUAUAAUAGCAUUUUAAAUGUUUUAAAUUUAUUGCCAGUUUUAAAUGUGAUGUUUUUUCUAGAGAUUCUGAAUGGUUUUGUGAUAUAUUUUGUGCCAGUUGAGGUAGUGUUAAAGGGAAAGAGAUGGGAGUAUUAGAGGAGAUGUCUGAAUGCGAUCAGUGUCAAGUUAAAAAAAUAAUUUUUUUUUCUGUCAAGUACAGAUAUGUUAGAGAUACUAUUGCUGUUGAUGUAGGCAUAUUUAGGACUUGAAGAAUAGCCUUUUCAUAAUUCAAAAAGGUAGAAAUGUCCGAAGGACUGGGCUAACAUGCAAAUACAUUUUUUACUGCUAUCUUUCAGCAUGUACAUGUAGACUGUUUAAAGCACUUGUAAAGGUGAUUUAAAGUAUAUUUACCUGCGUUGUUUUUUUUUCUUCUAAAAUUCGAAAAUAUUAUAUACGAAAGUUAUUGACUUUGUUAAAAUCUUUUCGAAAGAAAUGCACUAGAACAGGUUAUAUAACAUAUUUUGUUGUCGUGUUGUGACCCCUAUUUCUUGAGCAAAUGAACAAAAGUGUACGAUUGCAAUAUAUGUUGCUAUAUAUAGACUGCGUGUUAUUUGUCUGGUGUCAGGGUUAUACAUGUAUAAUAGCAUUUUUUUUUUGUCUUUAUAAGACAUCAUGCUUGUUAUGGAUCUUUUUGUCAACGUAACCGUGGUGCUGUAAAUUACUACAUAAUGUUGUCAUUUUUGCUUGUUCGCGUUUUUGUAAAUAAAACAGAUUUUGUUAUGUUAUAAUCACCGCUGUACUUAGAUCACAGAGCAAAAAGAGACCCUUAAGGAUAUAUGAGCCGCGCCAUGAGAAAACCAACAUAGUGGCUUUGUGACCUGCAUGGAUCAGACCAGCCUGCGCAUCUGCGCAGUCUGGUCAGCAUCCAUGCUGUUCGUUUUCAAAGCCUAUUGCAAUUAGAGAAACCGUUAGCGAACAGCAUGGAUCAUGACCAGACUGCGCGGAUGCUCAGGCUGGUCUUUAUCCAUGCUGGUCGCAAAGCCACUAUGUUGGUUUUCUUAUGGUGCGGCUCAUAUAUUGUCAAUCCUGUAUACGGUUAUCUCCAUUAAGAAGCCACUUGUCUUAAGCAGUCACAUAAGCUGUUUUUGAUUUUUAUAAUUUCAGAGCAAAUUGACCUGAUUAAAGAAGAACCUGUCUUAAAAGGCCACUUUUGCUAUCGUCCUUGACUGGCUGCUUAAUAUAGCCUAUAUUACUAGGGUUGACUGUAUUCGCUUUUUUGCACUAUUUCAUAGACUUAUGUUUCAGUCAUAGCUCAUUAGUACAUUUAAUGCAUGUGUAUUAAUAGUAUUAUCCUAGAUAAAUUAAUUCAUACGUAGGUAAUCAUUUUUUUUUAUUUCAUGUUGUUUUUUUUUUUAUUUCCCCCAGGUUAGGAUUUUUUGUUAUUUUAAUAAUUUCAAAAAAAGUUCCAAACAUUCCUUUGGGAUUGGACCAAUACAUUCAUCGAUUCAACCAUUCAGCCAGGUAAGGCCAAAAAUAUAUUUGUUUCUGGUUCCCAUUUUUAUGCCGGACGGUACGUCGGUGUUUGACGUCGGAAAAUCAUUUCACGCACGUUAAGGGCGUAAUAGCUAAUUUCAUACGAAAGGUGCAACUUGGUCUUAUAAAAUAGAUACCAGAAGCAUAAUUUUGUAUUGGCCUUUCUGUCUUAUAAUCAUUUUAAAAUUCGUUGUGACAUGAUACAUAGUUUGUGACAUGAUACAUAGUUUGUGACAUGAUACAUAGUUAGACUAGAUACGUAGUAUCAUAUGUUGAUAACAGUAACCUUUGUGAUUUUAUGAAAAAUAUACAACAGUGUUAAGACUUUGUCAGAAUAUUUUAUUAAAAAAAUGUCAAUAGUU